GUUGGGUAUAAUUUAUUUCUUCUUAAGGAGGUCCUUGGUCAACCACCAAAAUUCCGUCCAAAAGCAGACAAGAGAUUCGCCCUGCUCUGACCAGGUUUGUCGGCAGGAAGCGGCUCAUCGCUGCUGGAGUUUUCGGGGUCGUAAUGGUCCUCGUGCUAGUCAUCCUAAUCCCGGUCCUGGUCAACUCAGCUGGAACCUCGGCUCACUACGAGAUGCUUGGAACCUGCCGCAUGGUGUGUGAUCCUUAUGGGACUAAAUCACCAACCAGCACCGCCACGGCAGACACCGUCCCCGAUCCCAACCUAAUCCAGUCCCUACCAACAUUCAUCCAAGGUCCUAAAGGGGAACCUGGUCGUCCUGGGAAGGCAGGUCCAAGGGGUCCUCCCGGAGAACCGGGUCUACCCGGCCCAGCGGGCCCUCCUGGCGAGAAAGGAGAGACUGGACGCCCCGGACUACCCGGUCCACCAGGAUCAAACACAGCCGCUGGGGCUAUAAGCGCCGCUACUUACAGCACAGUCCCCAAGAUCGCUUUCUACGCUGGUCUGAAGAAGCAACACGAAGGCUACGAGGUGCUUAAAUUCGACGAUGUAGUCACUAACCUGGGCAAUCAUUACGACCCGACUACGGGGAAAUUCACAUGUUCCAUUCCAGGAAUCUACUUCUUCACUUACCACAUCUUGAUGCGAGGAGGGGACGGGACCAGCAUGUGGGCUGAUCUCUGCAAAAAUAACCAGGUCCGUGCCAGUGCCAUAGCUCAGGAUGCUGACCAGAACUAUGACUAUGCUAGCAACAGUGUGGUUCUGCAUUUGGAGCCAGGGGACGAAGUCUAUAUUAAACUGGACGGUGGGAAAGCACAUGGAGGAAACAACAACAAAUAUAGCACAUUUUCUGGAUUUAUCAUCUAUGCUGAUUAAGUCACCCUAAAACAACUUUUUUCCCCCUUCAAAAGUCAGAGGGCUGGAUCCCUAGCAUUCAGUCAGUUCGCUGGAAGUAGAUUUUAUUGGGCAAUCAACCGUUGAGUGGAUCUGAACAAGAAGCAAGCUAAAACUACCCGACUCACAUCUGUGUGCUAUAAAGACUCCCCUUGUAAAAAUGUGAGUCAAACAGAUGUGUAACCUUCUACCACCAAAGCAGUUACCUGUGUAUUUCUUGUCUGUGUGAACUGAUGCCUAUAUGUAAGACUUUUUAUGAGAAAUGAUAAGAUUGUGCACUAAAUAUCCCUCGUUAUUAUAUCACUGUUGUUUGUAUCAUCUAGCAGCUUCAAUCAUGUGUUGCCAAUGCUUCUUGAGAGUUGUCUGCUAAUUCUGAUGCUUAUCGUCCACUCAUAAUGUGGUGAGAAACAGGUUUACAAUGUAAAUGAAAGUGCAAUAUGUGUUCUGAUUCCCUAUAAAGGCACUGUUUACCUUAAACUUUAGUGUAAAGAAUGCUAGAUUCAUAGUUAUUUUGAAAGCCUACGCCUAAACUGGUAAAAACUAUACUCCUCUGAUUUGGGCUCAUUUUGAAUUAACUUCACUGGCAAUAAGCUUACCAAGAUUGAGCACAAUGGAAUUUAGCACUAGUAUAUACCUCGGGCUACUACAACCAAAUGUGCGUGAUUCAUUUUCAUGCCCAAAAGAUACACUUCGAAACAGAAUAGCUGUGCUUUUUAAUUUGGGCUUCUGCACAGUCACAUGCUGUGGUCAUGCGAAAGACAAAGGGAUAUGUGAACCAUUUGAAAUGCCUUCAAAUGAAACUGAGCAGUAGGUAUAAAGUCACAGUGAAUUUAAAGGGUUAAGGCAUAUCUUUAAUUGGUUGUUUUUUAAAAUGUUUAGAACUUGUCAGAACCUACUAAAAAAAAAGGAUACAAGUGCUGCAUGUCAUCCAAAAGUUUGCCAAUUGAUAAUACUGUCAUGUUACCACAGAUCUCAGAUAGGCCUGCCUAGGUAAUGUAAUCGGCUCAUUUAUAUGAAGGUGUCAUUGGAAGUUUAACAAUUUACAAUGGAUACGCUUCUCCAAAACAUCUAUGAAAGACAACUGCAAAGCUGAUAUGCUCAGUAACCAUUUAGUCUGUAUAAAAGAAUAAAACAAACUUCAACUUGAAAAGCUGCUUUAUGAAAUACAAACAUAUUAAUAAGGUAUUUCAUUUUUACAAAUGCAAGGGUAGUGUAAAUUGCUGAUGCUCAUAUAAUAAACUUUUGCUUCAGUAUCAAAAAUCUAGUAAGAUAAAGAUUUACCUUUUGGUUUUAUUGGCUGCUUUGAUAUUGACGGAAGUACACUCUCUAGAUGUCGUUAUAUUUGAGUCAUGAUUUUCUGCUGGCCAUAGAAAAAUGUGUUCCUGGUUCUCUCCAAGCAGCCUUAAAAAAUCCGCAGCAAAUUCAGCACCUACUCAGCAGGCUUUGAAACUGUAAGUGACAUAUACAAAUAUACACUGAGAUUUUAUAUUGAAAUAAAACUAAAAAUAAUUGGACCACAAAAGGAAGUGACAGUAUUUUGUUUUAAACACUGACAUUCAAUAAAUGUUUUCUUCAGAAGAAGCUAACCCAAAAUAUUAAGGAAUAGCAAAAUAUCCUCAAUGACAAGUUGUUUUUAAAUUGUAUGUAAUAAAUAUGAUCUGCCAGCAGCUAAAUUAACACAUUGGAGAAGAUUGUCUUGUAAAUCAACGACAUGGAAGAAAGCAGCAACUUUCUACCAAUGGAAGUUGGGUCUUGGUAGUGAUUUUAUUUAGAAAUGCUAACAAAUCAUUUAAGAAAGCAAACUGAUUACACAAUACUAGCUGUCAUUUUUUUCAUUACAUUUUCAUAGAUCAUUUGCUAAUUUUCAGUUUUAGAGCCAUCAGUGCUUAACCAGAGCUCUAUAACUUUUUAAUUUGUUCACAUCUUGCUGACAGAACAACAUACACAAAUAGGUAUUAUUUAUUGACAUACUGUCCUGGAGUGAUGGUCACUAAUUAAUUAGUUACAAUAUUUGUAAUUAGUUACAAUAUUUGUUUUAAUAAUAAUCUUUAUUUUUAUAUUGCGCCUUUCAUAGUGGACCACCAUCACA